AUGGACUUUGCCGAAGCUCAUCUUAUCCGAGACUAUCUUGAAGAUGAGGUCCGAGUUCAAAGGCUCGACAAGCAUAUACGUCUAUCUCGCCGUGUCGAGAAGGCUGAAUGGUCAAGCUCGGAGCAACUUUGGACCGUUUACGCCCGCUCCAAAAACGGCGGAGACGAUGCAAAGCCGUACAAGGCGCAUUUUGUCAUAUCUUAUGCGGGAUACUAUGAUUACGAAACGCCCCUGCAAGCCGAUAUCCCUGGCUUAGACACGUUCAAGGGCGACCUGGGCGCCGACUACUCUGGCAAGAGGCUCAUUGUCAUUGGCUCUGGGGCCACCGCAGUAACGCUGCUGCCCAACCUAGCAAAGAAGGCAGGACAUGUCACCAUGUUGCAGCGAAGCCCGGGUUACGUCGUGACAGUCCCAUCCAGGGACCGGCUGAGUCUCUUCUUGCUGCGUUGGCUUCCAACCUGGCUGGCCGUGUCUUUGCACUGGUAUCGCCACAACCUCAUGGAAACAUUUCACUUGUGGUUGAUGAAGACAUUUCCCAGUUGGGGCAAGAAGAAAAUUAUGGAGGCGAUGCAGAAGCUGCUUCCAGAAGAUAUCGACGUCAACGAGCAUUUCAAUCCAAGCUACGCACCAUACGAGCAACGUCUCUGCUUGUGUCCAGACGGCAACUACUUCAAGGCGCUCAGUGGCAUCCCAACGUAUGUCGAUGGCGAACGGAUCGACGACAGCUUUAGCAGCCGAUACCUGUGGAACGAAAUCUUGCUGGAGGGAGUACCGAACCUGAGUAUUACGGCAGUCAAAUACGUCGACUACAACAUUGCUACCAGAGAUGAGCAGCAUAUUCUACUCAGAGCCUACCGGUCUGUUGGAAGCUCGGAUGGCAAGCCCUCACCGGCAUUGGUGCAUUUCCACGGCGGUGGUAUGCUCAUCGGCUCCCUGGAUGAAGAGGUUGCCCUGGUCUCACUCCUGGCAAACGCGCUGGGAACCACCGUUCUCCAUGAGUGCUAUCGCCAUACACCCCAGUACAAGCAACUAACUCAGCACGAGGUCUCCGUGGGCGGUGUCGCCGCAGGUGCCACUCUGGUGGCUUCGAUCACGCUUGCAGAGACACGCAUGGCCAUGGAAGAGAAAUGGACUCGGCGCAUCAGGGGACAGGUACUUGUGGUUCCAUGGCUGGUGACGAGCAACGAGUAUCCGUUUGAGCUGGUCAUAAGCCGUGAGGAAUCGUCCAGAGUGCAGAACUCCCACAAUGCCACACUUCCAGAGCAAAGGCUCGCGCUAUUCACCAAGUUAUACGAUGUACAUGACCCAAGAGAUUCAUUGCACAACUUUCUCUUCGCCGAUCCCAACCUGUCUCCAAUCUUCCCAAGACUCCUAUCAUCGUCCAUGGUGGAGAUAUCCUCAGAGACGAAGGACUUUUGUAUGCUCAGAAACUAG